UCUUUACCCCAUUUCAACACUUACCGUGCUGGAGUGAACAUUUAGCAUCGCGUGUCAUUGGUGAGCGAGAGUUGUGGCUGUAAAGUUACAGGGUGUGACGGAUCUUCGUAGUGACCGUUGCCUGUGGAAUUACGUCCAAAGUCUGUCUUAUCGAUCGAGUCCGUUUGCGAAAAGUGCUCUACUGUGAUUAAAGACUUUUUUGAAGUGAAUCGAAGUGAAGCCGCCACACACAGACUGUCAAAAAACCGCGACAAAAAAUUGACUAGCCAAAGUCAACUUGGAUUAACUCAGGGCGAUGGUCAGUGAGCCCAAUUUGGCACCAAUCGCAUAGAACACACGAGCCGGCUGGUAUAUAAGAACACAAAACAACGCACCAUUGCCCACCGCCUGAGAACGGUUCGCAGGGUAUCUCUGCUGGGUAAUAGUCAUUUGAAAGUCCCACGAGAAUUGAAUGGUGAUAAAGCAAUCUCAGACCGCUGAAUAAUAACUCUCGCGCGCGCGAAGUUUUGACUGGAAACCGGUUGGGUGUACUUAUUAGAUUGUUUUAGUUAGCAUAGCGUGCCUGUGUGAACUAAUCUGGCAUUCAAGUGAGCGUUUGUUGUCAGUUUGCGCGCCAACCAGAUAGAUAACCAGCCACCACCAGCCGGGACAGUAGGUGUAGAUUGAACUCUGUAUGGUUGCCCAUUGAAGCGUUUCGUUGAGAUUUGUGAGUGUGCCAAAUACGAAAACAGGAGCAGCAGCAGAAGCAGAGAGCAGGAUAAACUUUUGUAAUCAUGAAGAUCAAGGUCACGGCGCUUUUGAUGGUGGUGUCAACGUUUUGUGUAACCCCCGGACGCAGUGGCCUGCUGAGGACACCGAAGGUCUACAAUGCGGUGAUAACGACCGAUGAGAAUUUAACCCCAAGCCGUGCCUUCCCCGUGGUUCAACCGGUGGUUCACGAGACUGGCUUCGCAUAUCCGUUUGGCGCAUUCGGACCAUUCGGGCUGUACAACGCACUGAACUCCUAUCCGGGUUACUAUCCACCCCAAGGGGCCACAGCAGCCGAUUCCAACGCGGCGCGACUCGAUGGAAGGAACACAUUUUACGCCGGCCGGGAUUCGAUUUUUAACUCAUUUUUUCAGCAACCCCAGCUCCAAGAGACCCCAAUAGAAACUCUUCCCGGGUCAAAACCAUUCUCCGAACCGAACCUACCGCUACGCGAAGCACCACUACCAGAAGUUAUACCGGAGCCAAACAACAGUAUCGCCCCGAAAGCUCCCGAAGGACCCCAACCAAAUUACGAGGACCGCCCAGCUGAUGCGGCGAAAGGACCCAUCCAACUGAACGAAUUUGGUUUCCCACCAAGUCUCAUUCCACUACAAUCCUACAACAGUAAUACACAAAGCUCACAACCAUUCAACUUCAACGGUUAUCCUUACAAUUUCCCCGUUCUGUACGACUCCUUCGGCAACUAUAACUCUGGACAGUAUCCAUCCGUGCUACCCCCGUUCGGAUAUUUCCCACAUCUGAACCAGCCCAACCCUUAUUUCGCUCCAAAUAUUCCACAGAAUGGCGGCAGUGGUUCACUAGGUCCCCAGCAAAUUAACCGUAACGGUCGCUUGCAGGAUAUCCAAGAAGCGCCUAAGGGUAACCCUCAGGAGACCACUGUAGGCAAUACGGAAGCCGCACCUGAUUCACCCACAACCGUCGCGGCCGCCGUCGAAGCAGCCGGCAUUGAUAGCACUGAGCAAAACGACCAGGAAGUAGCUCCAACCGUAGCGGGUCUCCCGGAGAAUAUCAAGAAUAAUGGGAACACAAAUAAGGACAUUCCUGAUGUUCCGCCGCCACCAAUCCCCUCCGGAGCCAAGAAAGUGGAGCAGUAGUGAAUAGCUAGAGAAUAAACACAUCAUUAAAAGUAAUGAAAACAUUCGUAUACGCGUUUUACAUUUGUAGGAUAUUCAUUGUUCAUUGAUCGUUUUUAAUAAAGUUUCAAAAUAUCAGGAUU